AUGGUCCAUAGCUUUGGGUUGGAGGAUAAUGAUUGGAUUGCAAGCACAUACGAGAAAAAGGAGCAGUGGAUGCAUGCUUACUUGUGCGACAAAUUUUGUGCAGGCUUGCGAACAACAUCCAAAUGUGAGGGCAUCGACUCAUCAUUAAAGAAAUUUAUAAAAUCUGAAAAUUGCCUGCUUGAGCUGGUAGAGAACCUGGAUCGUGUUGUUAAAGAUUACCGCAACAACGAGUUCAUUGUGGAUUACAAGUCAUUGUAUACUGAUCCUGUGCUGAUGACCGGAUUGGAGUCUCUUGAGCGGUUGGCUAGUAAGUUGUACACAAGAAAAAUAUUCUUCGAGGUAAAGGAACAAAUCGAGAGUGUUGGUGGGAUGAUUGUACUGUACAAGGAUAGGUUUGGUAGCAUUGAGAAGUUUAUGCUGAGGAAGUUUAGAAAGCCACAUCGUGUCUAUGUGGUGCUAUAUGAUAAGAGUUCUGACAAGUUCGAGUGUUCAUGCAAGUUGUUGAAUAGUGUAGGAAUUCUUUGUGGUCACAUAUUCUGCAUUCUAAAAGAGCUGGACAUAGAAGAGUUGCCCAAUCGAUUGGUUCUUAAGAGGUGGUGUAAAGAUGCCAAAUCUGAUAUAAUUAGCACAAUAGAGGUCCAGUCAGAUCUGGACCGGGCAUUUCGUAUUAGGUACGGUGUAUUGUGGGCUGCUUGUUUGAAGAUGUGCUUCUUGGCAGCACAGGGUUCAGAAACCUACGAAAAAGUGGUGAAUAUAGUUGCGAAGAUGUCAAACGAGUUAGAGUCCAUGUGCUACAUAGGCGACAAGGGUGGACAUGCACAUCUUGUUGGAAAUGACAUUGACUUUGGAAAUCCUCAUAUCAUAAGGUCAAAAGGUGCUCCUCGAGGCAACACUAAUGCAAAGAAUGGGAGACGUUGCAGAAGGAAUCAGUUUCUAGGUCGAGGAGAACCCAGAACCGUGGCUGGAAAAGGGGCCGGGAUACAUAGUAUUUGCAAAAUCAAUGUUGGUUUGUUGGACAUGAAGUAUGUUCCAUUGUCUUGUGGUCCUUUCGGCUGA